GCACUUUCAAAUAAAUCGUGCGUGAUGUCACGACUUGCUCUGGUUCAAUUUGUUCGAAGACAUCAAAGCUCCACUCGUUGCUAGCGUAAUCUGGAAAAUGGCGCUUUUUUUCAAAACUCUGCUUCUGCUCUUCUGCCUUGCAGCAGGUAAGAACCAGGCCACACUUCUAGCUUCGACUUUUCCUCAUUGAAUACAAACUAUGAGUAUGAAUAACUACAAAAAUGAAGCAAAAACAUGUCUCAAUACAUUAGCAUAAGAAAGAGGUUUUCGCACAGAUCUCUAUACUAGGUUAGACUUUAUGCAGUGUGGAACAAUGCCCGAAGGAAUUGUGAUUGACUGCUGUUUAAUAAUGUCUGCCACAGAAAUUAAAGUCCAUGUGAUAUAUCGCGUCACCCGAAACCCAACUCAGAUAAUAUAUUUACUCUAUGAGUAAUACAAAACGAACUGAAUAGAUAUGAUGGUGCAUUGGGCAUUUACAUAAACAUCCAUUAAAUAAUGUAGGUAAGCAUUCAUGGUUCACUACUGUAAGACACCUAUUACACUUUACCAAAUUAAAUGAUUAUACCCAAAUCUGCCACAUCUUGACUACAGGGCAUUUCCUCACCUGGUUAGAAUGCUUAAAAGAAAUUUGUUUAAAGAAUACCAACAAUAUUGGUCGAAAAGUCUGAACAAGGAUAAAUUUGACUCCUCAGUUGGCAAUAAAUUAAGUCUGUAUAGUGAAGUGAAAAAGGAAGUCAGGAUUUGCAUUUUAUCUUGACUCAAUAAAGAACGUUAAGACGAGAGUGGCAGUAACCAAAAUGCGUAUUUCUUGCCGCUUGCUACCUAUUGAAUCUGAGCGCUACAAGGAGAUAUCCAGAGUUGAGAGGCUUUGCCCCCUUUGUAAUCGGAUCCGAAAUUGGUGAUGAAUUCCACUAUUUGUUGAAAUGAACCCACUCAUCACUUUCUCAUAUAAGGGGCAUCUUCUUGGAGCUCGAUAAACAGUAAUUUUACGAAUAUGUCUAACAAGGCACUAUUUUUACAUAUCUGAUGUCCAUGUGCGAUCAAAACAUCUUAAAUCUCAGUGCCUCUCAUAUUGAAAAUAUUCUAAAUUGUUAUGCAUUGGAACUCUAAUUAAACUUUCUUACCAUACGAGUAGCGUAGAAGCCGUACAUAGCCAAGUAAUUUUUUCUUUUAUGAUAACAUUCAAUUGUUCCUUUCUUUCUUUCUCACUUAAUUUUUAUUUUACUUUUUUCUUUUGUUAUUGUUUUGGUACUGAAAUCUUCAUGUCGAAGAUAAAGUCAAUAAAGUUGUUGUUGUUGUAUUCAACUUACACCUUAGUUUAAAACAAUUGAGAGAGACCUAGUGGGCCAUCAUAACCACCAUCUCCUUGGAAGUGGGUUAUUUUAAGCCAGAUAAAUCCAUUUCCAGCCCGCCUAUACGCUCUCUUGUCCCUGCAGUAUUGUGAGCAAUGUUUGGUAUUAAUAUAGUCUCCUUCGCAGCCGUUUUUAGGCUCGUCACGCAACGCUCCCCCCUAUUGUGCAUGGCAAGCCUAGGUAAGGGACGGACCAUUAGAAAAGUUAUGGGGGGGAGGGGAAUUUUCGAGCUGCAGGAAGCAGCAGAAUUUUUUUUUUUGUUAUCAAAUUCCUUGUAUGAAAUAUUUUUAGGCCAUAGCAUGAAUAUUUCCUAGGGUUCAGAUUGGCGUGCAUGAAUUUUUUUCGUUUAAUUUUCCCUUGCGCGAAUAUUUUUUUAGUACUUCGCCCGCCCUCCCCCCCCCCCAUAAGUUUUCUAUUGGUCCGUCCCUAAUAAUAGGCUGGCCAAAUUUAAAUUAGCUUAGUACACGCCUUUGUUCCCCAGUCACGCAAGACUUACUCCAAAUUAAAAUGCAAAAUAAAACAAACUAAGAUAAAAGAGAUCAAAAGAAACAGAAAAGAAAAGUAACAGAUACAGUGAAACCUCUAUUAAGCGGACACUUUCGGAGGUUUGUAAAAAUUGUGCGAUGUUUUACAUUCAGCAGUUACUCUGUACUGUGAUAAAGCACAGGGCGACCAAGCUCGAAGUAUGAGCAUCGGCGAUCAUCGGCAUUGUUGCGUAACAUUCAAAAUAUAAGAAUUUGUAUGGGAGAAAAAACGUAUCGUUUCUGUAACCAAAGAAAAUGAAAGGAUUUCAAUAAAAAACAGUUUACCUUAUUUAAAAUGUGUGUUACGUCUCUCCUGUGUGAUCCACGGGCCGAGUUAUGGCCGUCUUAUGGGUUUUUAUUUUAACGGUUUUCUCUCUAUAUAAAGGUUUAAGGUGUUUCGAUCAAGUUUUUCAGAGGCCAUACCGAUAUUUUUCAAUCGCCUUAAAACUGUUUUUUUCCUUGUCCGAUCGCUAUAAAAUUUUCACCAGUUGUUGGUUAUGGAUUGAAAUUUGUGAAAAAGUAGUUUUAAGUAAAAUCGAUGUUACUAUAACAACAAUAAACAAUAAAAGACGAAAUUUGAGUGAUCUAGACCUGUUACUGAAAAUCCAAUACUGAGAACUUAAAGUUUGGUUUUUAGCAAACAAUCUCCGUAAGAAGUAAAAAAUUCUGUAUGUUUGAAUUCGACUAAAACGAAAAUAUAUUUCAAACCUUAAAUUUUCAAUAGCCAUGAUAGAUUAUGUAAUAAAAACGUUAUAAAUAACUCAAAUUAUUCUUAAGUAGCGUCAGAAUGCUGCUUAAUAUCAUAUUUUGAUGCUAAGAAAUUUUGGUGUACUUUCGUUCUUGCGAACUUGAAAACUAAUCUGUUUUCUCACCACCUGUAUAAGUGCAACUUCGUUCAGAAUUUGGACUUUUAGCGCUUUCUUAUAUAUCUCCGAAACUACUCGAACGAAUUUUUUUAAAAUCUCUUCACAUAAUCUUAAUAAUGUAUAUAAAAGUGUCUGAAACUUUCAUUAAGAUUGAUUCACUGCAACGCCUUAAAAUUUCAAGAAAAACCUAUGAUACGAACCGGUCAAAAAUCUGCGUUACAACAUUCACUGCUUUGACGUUAUGCUAAUUUUCCAAAAUAAUGCGCACUAUACAUAUCUCCAUAACCAGUACAUUUUAGUUUAAAUUUAUCGCAUCUUUUGAAUGUAAAACAUUGAUAAUACUCACACUGAAAUGUUCUCUUCAUGGAUUUAUGUAUUGUCUACUUGUCUACUUUGUGCAAGACUUUUAGGUGUACUUUUGACAGCUAAUUGUAUUGAUUUAUCUUUAUUAAUCGACUACAAAAGUACGUAUUUCAAGGAGGUAAUCUGAGUAGCAUUGGAUUACCUGCUUGAAAAACGUACUGUUGUAGUAGAUUAAUAAAGAUAAAUCAAUACAAUUAGCUGUCAAAAGUUCACCUAAAGUACAGCACAGCUUGAUAGAUGGAGGUUUUUAACAAUAGGAAUUAGUCAAAUACAAUUUAUUUUAGUGUCCGCGUCCGCUUAGUAGUGGUGUCCGCUGAAUAGGGGUUAGUUAUAAAGGUUAAUAUAAGACGUUAAUUUCGGGACCCGGCUUAGUGUCUGCUUGGUCCGCUUAGAGGUUUCACUGUACUUAUGUGGGUACUGUGGGAAAGUUGAAAGUGUUGAACAAAGGAAUAUAAUAAACAGUAAUUCAGUGCCUUAGCAUGGGGAGGAGCCUGGGGGGCCUGCCCCCCCCCAAUAAUUUUGACAGGCACGUUUAAUUUGGUCAGCGGCCACGCUCUUCACGUUGCUCUUCGGUUCCAUGUGUUCAUUUCGGUUCGAUAAAGCGUGAAAAUAUUUAUUUAUGGCUUCAAAAAAGAAACAUCAAGCGGAUAUUAAACAAAGUACACUUCUUAAAUGGGUGAAACCCGAUCACGAGCCAACUCCAAAGAAGAAUGAAAACCGUGUAGUAAUAAACCUGUUCAUAAGAAGCGUAUACGGUUGAAGUAACAAAUCCGAUCAUUGAGUUUUAGUCAGUUAAAAAUUGCUGGAAAUAAAUGCUCCUGGAAGGCUGAAAAUGCUAUUUCAGUGAUCCUAUAUUUCAAAAUCUUCUGGGGGAGUAUGCUCCCCGACCCCACUAGCAGCUCGCGCCUUCGGCGCUCGUGACUGACCCCCAAUAAAUCUAACGUUGCUAUUGCACUGAGUAAAAUAUCUCUUCUCUUUGAUCCAUUCAGUGCUUUCGAUUAGUGUAAAUAAAUAAGGCUUAACUUAGUUAUUUUCAGUGUUGUUGUAUUUCUCGGCUUUUACUAAAUAAAUUUUUAACUUUCCCUUCCAGUGUUGUUCUGUGUCGAGUCUAUGACUUUGCCUCAGUCGCUGAGCUCCAUACUGAACCAUUUCACCAAAACAAGGAACGUCGCGGUAAACCCUGCAGAGAAAAAGAACGCACGUGACCUAAUCGUGAAAACAUUCAAAGAUCAUGGACUGAACACGUGGACUGAAGAAUUUCCAAGUAACAAAGCAGAGGUAAAAAAGCACUGGGCACCUAGAAUCCCAACAACCUACCAGGGAGAGAUAGGGGAAAAAAAUCAACCCAUACAAACCAGAUUCGCAGGGGUACCCAGGGAACGCUCUCGCUCAUUUACAAAGAAGUGGCGGGAAGAACACGGCUACCUGUCGUGGGGAUUUUGAAAGUGCGGCGUGGCUACUUAGCCAAGAGCAACGGCCAUUGGUAGUCAAAUCAGUAGUACACUCCGUAGAAGAGCACAUCGACGGAAUAGCUAGGUUAAAUUUUUUUGUUACACUUCUCGUCCUCUUGACGCCAUAGCUCAAUGUUCGGAACUAAAUUGACGUUUUCAAGAAAGGAAAAUCUUCGGUCUUUGCUCAGGCUUAGUUUUGAUCAAUUGAAGUGGACUGAAGCUAAUAUUUGGAGCUUUUUCUUCGGGAAGCGUAGGACAAUCUAGUUUUCCCUAGUCUUUUUCUUGGUUGGUGAGAAACCAAAACUUGCUAAAAUUCAUGACUUUUACAGGGCCAGGAACAGCAAGAAAGGUCUUUUUUUAAAAUUAAUAGAUACCCCCACUUCGUUGAAAAACUUCCUGCGAAAAUCCUGAUGAUCGUAAAAUAAGUCGAAACGACGCACGAGUUGGAAGGGUAGCAAGACUUUUAUUUGGAUCAUUUGGAAUGUUCUCGUCAGCUUCAUAUUUUUUGCUUGUUUUUUCGGUUUGUUUGACUAACUCGGGCUGUUUUUUUACCCAAUUCCCCUAGUCUGACAUGAUUACAUUUUUACAUUUUGCAUCAGUAUCCUGGAAUAAACAUCAUUGGUCAACUGCCUGGUCGGUACACUGGAUCACGUGAUGAUAAGAUUGUUCUGAUUGGUUCUCAUUAUGACUCCGUUGACACAACUCCUGGUGUGGAUGAUAACGGAUCAGGGAUGACCGCUUUACUGCAGGCUCUUAAGCUUUACACCAACCCAGGUUAGUUGCUUCAGUGCAAACAGUUCGCCACCGUGAGUGAAACUGAAUUACUAACGCAACGCUUUUUGCCUUAAACUGGAAUGAAGAAUCAUUGUAACCCUCGAGUCGCCCUAUGUAAGGUUAUUCCCAUUAAGGAAUCCGGGAAAGGUUUGCUUGUGGAAUCUGAAAUUCAGCUUAUGGAAUCCGGAAUCCAAGGGAACGGUCAUUAUUAUCGCCUGGGGGUGGGGGGGAUUUAGCCGAUCCCCCCUUUGAAUGUUACUUCACUGAAGUGAUCCCUCCUAAUAAUAUUUGAUGACUUUCGCGAUCCCCCCCCCCACCCGAUGUCUUCAUUUUCCAAGCAAAUUUGAGUGAUCCCCCCUCUGAAUCCUUCCAAAGUUUUCAGUGGUCCCCUUUUUGGGUUCUCAGUUACGAAUGAUCCCCCCUUUUGUUCUCAUAAAAAUCAAGUGAUCCCCCCAAAAGUCAAACGCCCCCCCUCCCUUCCCAGGGCGAUAAAUAAUGACCGGUCCCCAAGUUCCACUGACAAGAAAACCGGAAUACGGUACCUGGAAUCCGGAAUCCACUGUGUCUGGAAUCCAGAAUCCACCAGGAAAUUAAGCAAUUUUAACUUUCAGUGGACAAAAACCUUGUACCAGAAUAAUUUUUAGAAUAUUGCCUCCUUUUUUACUUUUUUCAAGGACUAAAAAUGUAAUUAGUCAUCGGUAAUAACACUUAAGAAAAGUUUUCAAGGGAUUCCGAGAAAAAGAAUGUCAAAUUUCACGAGAAUUGUGAAAACACAAGGAAAAUUCGGAAAAUUUCAUGUGUAAGAUAUAAUUUUGUGAAAUUUGACAUUUAUUUUCUCGGGCUUCCGUAAGAAAUUUUCUUUGGUGUUAUUACAGAUGACUCUCUAGCUCGUGAAAUGUAUUUAAAAAGAAUUCAAUAUGCUUUAAAUUAUUCUGGUACAAGGUUUUUGUCCACUAAAAACUAAAAUUAUUUAAUUUCCUGGUGGAUUCCGUCUUAAAUCCAGAAUUCAAGACUCAGUCAUUGGGCAAUUAGAGGAAGGGUACAUGUAACCAGAAGUGAUCAGCGCUUCAGACUCUUAAUCCGGAGAAGCCGAGUUCUCUAGUCUCGAUUGACUGCAACACCAGUGGCGCAGAUACAGACUUCAAGAAGAGUUUCCUAAUGUAACAGGCCUUAACUUAGGCGAAGUUCGGACGAUUAUUCAAAGAACCUGCAGUGUCAUUACGGAGAGUGAAUUCUAUUGUAUUUGCCUUAGUGUAUCCUUGCUUUUCCUUGAUUUAUGUAACUCUAAAUCAUUAAAAGAGACUGAAAGUGAUAUGAAAAAUUAUGCAGAUCGAGAGGGGGUUAUUCACUUUGGCUUGCGUACUCCUCGAUUCAGAACACCUUUCGAGAUCUGGGUAAUUCUUGUAUUACUCAUGAUGACUUAAAAUAUUCAAUUCCAAGUUAUUAAGAUACUCGCCUUCACGUAGACAUAAUACUACAAAACUUUUGUUUCUCGUCAGUUCAAAAUAGAAACUGAUGUUUUACAGAUAGAGGUAAAAUUUAAAGCAGUUGACAUGUGUUUUGCUUUCCUUUAUAGUCAGUAAUUUGGCUCUUUUGCCUACGCAUGGCACUAAAUUCCUUAGUUCUGCACUAACUGAAACGGCUCAACUGCCUCGCCGCUGUUUUCCCGUGACGUUGAUCUUGGAUUAUUUGCAAUCAUUUCAUCAUUGAUAUUAGUGACUGACGUGAGGCUAAUGCAAAAGUUGAGCAGCGCCAGCUGGAUAUGAAGAAUUAGUAAAAUCCAACUAGUGAUCUAUUAUCAAUGCUGCGUUCUGAUUGGUUGAGCUACUACUAGGCUAUAUGUUAUAGCCCACUAGUAGCGAAAAGCGCCGGCUUUUUAGCGGAUUGUUAAUUAGCCGGAGAAUCCGAAUUAUAACCAAACAGAAACGGAAAAAAUUGAAUGAAUCAUAAUUUUGUAACCUCUUACAUUGCAGACAAGGUGAAUUGUACAAGUGACUAUUCCAUUUGGUUCGCUGCCUUUGAUCUUGAAGAAAAUCAACCGUCGUGUUCGGCAAUAAACUGCCCAUGCACAGGAGGACUUUGCGGCAGUGGUUACUUUGUCCAAAACUUAAGCCGUUAUUUAAACAGCACCGGAGCGAAUUUUCAAGGAGCAUUUAUCUUAGAAACCAUUCUGAACCAUAAUACCACGCCACAUUCACAAUAUCUUCCUAGUAGUAUACAGUCUGCUUUUCCACAGUUAUACGAGACAAUCUCAAACAAUUCUUUCAGAGGAGACUUCUUGGCUGUGAUUGGUCGUCGUAAUGAUGUUGAGCUUAUAAGUUCCCUGACAAGUGCUUUCGAAGGAAAUGGUAAGACCACGCCCGUAAAGGCGUCCUUUUCCCAUCACCCCUUGUCUCGUAGCCUGCGCAUGCGUCGCAGACGUAAUCUAAUCCCGCCUAGGAGGGAGUUCAAGCAGCGAAGUUUUUGAGCCACGCACGUCAACCGGAAGUAAGCCUUUCUCUCUUUUUAUAUGCCUUGAGGCUACCAAAUCUGUAUUGCUAAGUGCCUUUACUCUUGAAGACACGAUUUGCCCAAAAAUUUGUUCAAAGUCGCGGCUAUUAAAAAAGUGCAAAAGUUCCAACGACGCGGUGAAUGAGAACGUGCUUUUUGUACAUUUCUUUCCUGUUUUUCAAAACGUCGACGUGAAAAUGCCUAAUUUCGCGUUUUCGUCGACGUUCUGUUGGCUGAAAAUCAGCCUACAUUUGACAAAUAAGCGUAAAGACUAAAAAGAACGUAAAUUCACUUUUUAAGCGACGUUCUCGUUGCCGUCGCGUCGUUGGAAAACGACCGAUAUCCUUGUUCUGUGCCCCAAACGCUGACUCAACAAUUUAUCGAUUAGCGAAAUGCGUUUCUCGGCCCAUAACGAUUUUUCUCGGCCCAUAACGGAAAAAUUUUUUAUCCGGAAUCCUGGGCUUUGGAUUCCGGAAUACAGCCAAAAACUGUUUCCUUUGAUUGGAAUCCAGAAUUCCACUGAAACUUGAAUCCAGUACCAGGAUCCGGAAUCCUGGGCUUGGGAAUCCGGAAACUUGUUCCCUUUAUAACAUUUAAGGGCUGUUUCCAGACUGACUUAAAAGUUUAGUUCCGUUUUUACAUCAGUACGUACACAAAACCACAGAAUCGAGACAAAAGAAAAGGGAUCUGAAUUUCAAACUGUUUUUUCGUCUCAAUCCCCGUGUAACCUUUUUACAAGUACCUUGUAAAACCACAGAAUCGAGAAAAAGGACAGAAAAAAAAGGGAAAAAACAACAACAAAUCUAUAUGAGUACAAAUGUUUCUAACUAGUGAAAAAUGUUAAUCUUGAAUGGUAAUACUAAUGACACUAAUAUUCAUUUAAGGUAUUAGAUCUGCUAUAAACCCUUCCAUUUGAAAAAUUUAUUUGUCAAAUGCUUAUUUAAUAAGAAUAUUGCAAAAUAAAAAUUACACAGGCUUAACGACGUUCCAGAGGAAACCAACGAGAAUAUAGUUCAAAACCACUUAAACAUAGCAUGGUUAAACGUAUUUUAGUAUUUAAACUGUAGAUGUAGGCAUAUUUUAACCCCCUAAAAAUUUUUCAUCUGUUCGGAUUUCCUAGCUGAAAGUCUAGUGAUGCGAAAAUUAUAGGGAUCAAAACUUACCUUUUCGAAAAUUUCAGCCAGAAAAAAGGCUCCCGAAAAUUCUUGGUGAGCUUUUUAGGGUAAAAAUCCAUUAAAAAAGGGAUAUUAUACCAUUUUGUAGAUGUUCGAAAAUCGUAGGAGAGGCAGGCAAGCAAGAAAUUUUACAACAAAUGUUCCGAAAAUUCUAGAUUUCAAAUCGUCUUCCGAACAGAUAUUUUCCGAAAAUUGACGUUGGGUGCCCCUGACGUUCUGCUUUGGUUUAUUUUUCCAGCUUUCCCCCCUUCUUUUUCCCUUCUCGCCAUUUUAUAACCCAUUCUUCAUCGGUUUAUUUUACAUUAAACGUUUUUAUUUGGCCUGCUUUUUGUCGUCAGUUUCUGUUCCGUAGUCUUUGAUCAUUGGUGCGACUAAUCGCAUGAUUGACUCUCUUUCUAACAGCAGCCUUCAAGACUUUAGCAGUAAAUCUUCCAUUGGGAGGUAGACCACAGAGCUGGCCUUCAGUGCCUCGAACAACUUUGGCGGACUUCUUCCGCUCGGAUCAUUUUCAGUUCUGGAAUGCCGAUCCUUCGUUACCCGCGGUUUUCAUUACAGAUACCGCUGACUUUCGCGGAUUCAUGAAACAGUGCUAUCAUCAGAGCUGUGACGACAUCAGUCAAGUGACCCCUGACAUGAUUGCUUUCUUAGCGCGAACAACGGAGAGUAUUUUGAAUGUGGCGUCUAACCUGACAAACCAGAAAUGUGAAAUCAAGCAAGCAGGUAUGGCCAGUUCUUAGCAAUUUACUUCUUAUAGAGUGAUUUUACUUGACCCGUGAAACAGAUACUAACAACAAGUGCAAAAUAGCCACAAAUGAGACAAAGGAAGACAAUGGAAUUAGUUCAAAAAAGUGCACUACCUUUUUCACGGGUUAGGUAAAAUCGCUCUAUAUAGGAUGCUACAUGUAAGAUAGGCUAAACAACAACAACAACAAUAAAAAGAACUACUUGUUUUACUAUGCAAAUUAGGAAGCUAACCUGACUAAUAUAUAGGUUUAACCAAGGGUAAAAGCGAAGCCCCUGUUAAUAAAUUUAUAAAGAGAAACCAGUAACUUGCCAGCGGAUAAGUUAAAAAAAAAGACAUAGCCUCGAUGGGUUGACAUCUGAGCCCACGAUGCGGUCAUUUGAUUCUGGUCAGCGGAUGCUCUGUUUUGACAGCUGUCAAUUCAUCACAACUUGGACUUGCAAUAAAGGUUGCAGGCCCCACACUAGCUGAAAAGUGUGAGAUUUCACAUUGUUUGCCCUGUGGUGCGGACAGACGGACGUAAGGGUCUCGCGACUACCAAAUUUCUCGGAUUGAUAGGUAACUAAAUAUAUCUUAGCUAUGGGGCUCCGCUCGCGAGCUUCGACUUCGCGCGAGAGUGGAGCUCAUCACUCCGGCUUUCUUUUCAAACCUUUAUCUUUAGUUGUAUGUGUCACUUCACGAAUUUCACAAAUUCGUAUUUCUCCUUUCAAAAAAGGAAGAAAACUGAUGCAUCUCCUAACUUUUUAAAGGUAAACUUUGAUCACCGUGUAUUCUAUUAAAUGCUGACAGUAUUUUGUGUUAAAUUUUGGCAGACUGUAGUUUACAAAAACUCACAGCAGACGAAGGUGAAGUUACUUCUCCAUACUUCAACACGAUGUACCCUAACAACGUUGAUUGCGCAUGGACCAUCUCAGUGGACGCUGGACAAAACGAUCAUGUUCUCGAUCUCAAGUUUACCACUUUUGAUUUGGAGCAGAGUGCAAAUUGUAACGCGGACUACGUGGAAAUAAGAGACGGGACAGACAAAACAGCCCCACUGAUUGGUAAUAAAAUACCGUAAAAUUCCGAAAAUAAGCCCCUCCAUGUAUAAGCCUCUCCAAAUAUAAGCCCCCCAAUGCGGUAACGCAAAAAACCCUUGAUAAAUCGCCCUUCCAAAUAUAAGCUCCCGGGGGCGUGUACUUGGAAACUUGCUCUCAAAUACAAAGUAAAACAAGCAAAAACGGUAAAACUACUUCCAACCAUAAGGCUAACCCAAUCGAUUUUGAAACGCAAAUUUCCCUCCGUAGAUAAGCCCCUCAAAAAGGGCCUUUGAAAAAUAAAAGCCCCAGGGCCUAUUUUCGGAAUUUUACGCUAAUAACGCUCUUCAAGGGGCGGACGUAAUUUCGAAAAAACUCAAAGAAUUAUCUCGAUCUACCAAGGAAACAUAUAUGCAGUCUUCCUCAAUACUUAGCAUUACAACUUGCAUGAACUUUACCCUCUAUUCCAUGGAAACGACAAGAUCAGGACGUUCUACUUGGCAUUGAAAACUAACACCGUUUACAGGUCUUUCUAAAUAACUCUUAGCUAAUCACAAACUUUGUCCGGUUUUUUUCCCUCGUCGGUAUUAAAUGGCAGCUUUGUACUAAGCAAUUUUUUGUAAGUUGGAAAGUUCUCACAGCCCUUUAUAGUCAAAUCCUAAAAAACUGAUACUUAAAAUAUUAGCAUAAAAUAAUUUUCUUGAAGCGCAAACGGUUUGUUGAAAUGUGAGAGGAACUCCCUUUUCCGCCGCAAACAUCGUUGUGUUUAUUUGACUAUUUGUUUCAUCUUGUUACAGGAAAGUACUGCGGGAGGACACCCCCUGGACUCAUCAAGGCCUCGGCCCAGUCCAUGUACAUCAUGUUUCACUCGGACGAGCUGGUUGUCUCGAAAGGAUUUAAAGCAGAGUGGACAACUGCAACAACUGCAACAACUGCAACAACUGCAACAACUGCAACAACUGCAACGAGUGGCGCUAAGGGUAAGUUGAAUAAAUAACAAUUAUUCAAAGAAGUGGAGGUGGCUAGUCGUGGUUAUUUACCGAGCAGAGUUGUGAAUUCUUUUUGUAUUCAAACUUAUUCUGUAAAAAAAAGAUUACUAAAUUUAGUUUUAAGCUUAUUUAUGAACAAGUCAACUAAAUAAAGUAACGCAAGACUUAAGCUUAAUUUGCAUUUGUAAACAAAAAACUUUUUCACCGGUUUUAUCGAUAAAUUCAAGUCAAAAAGACAAAGCUUUACCUGUUAAAACUUCUAAACCGAACUUCGUCAUCGUUGAUUAGUUGUGAAAUUUCUUUGUUUGUUUAUACGGCAGCAAACCGGGAAGGCAUUUUGCUCGCAACUUACGCGAGUUUGGCGUCGCUCGCUCGGAGGAACUGGAGGUGAAUCAGUGAAUAGUGCAGGAUAUUCACUGAUUGAGUAGCCAAUCAGAGCGCGCGAAAAACACUAUCCACUGUUUUAGUGUAUACAAAAGAAGAUUAGGGUCAAGGCUUAGGCUUUGUCCUGAGUUUUAGAUACGAGGAGGGACGAGGUUAUGGUGAGGCUAGCCUCCAGUUUCCUCGCUGACGGAUGUGGAUGACUGUUAAAAGGAUAGCCUGCGAGGAAGUGGGAGUAGGGGAAAACGGGAGAGUCGAACUGUUUAGGUUUUCUUUUUUUCUACUCCCUCUUCUCCCAUCUCCAAGCGCUCCCUUUACGCACAAAAUCCAGCAACAAAGUUGUGGCAGUUACACUAAUUUUUUUUUUUUUUUUUGUUGCAUUCAUCACGUGACAGGCUAUGGUCAAGAAAUGUGGCAGCUGACUGGUGUUCUUCUUAUGACGUCACUGGUUUUUGCCGUGAAGAGGGAGAAAUGAGUUCUGUCCGUUGUUUAUGAAAGAUUCAAACCAGUUAGACACGCAUUAAAACGAACUUGUAACUGUAUCAGGAAAAAUGGUGAACUCAUCUGGCGCAUUGAUUCCCAGCGUUUCAGAAAAACAAUCUGCUCUUUUUGUUUUUGUCUAAUAAAGAGAUAACAGAAAUUCAGUAUUCCUCAAGUCUGCAAGAGGUAGUUGUCAAAAAUAUAUACCAUUAAGAGCACUUCAAAGCCUUACAAAGCCUUGCCUCUACCUUUCAAUUACUAAAAGAAAAGCUCCUUCUUUGAUAGAACUGUAAAAUUCCUGUUAAAUUUCAAUUCCCUGUUGGCAUUCAGCUUUCAUUUCAAGAAGCGAUCGCCAAUGAAGUUUUGCUUUGUAUCGUGCGCUUUGGGGCACCGGGUCGUUCAUGGAAAUGUCACAUGUGGACACUCGUUGGAUUCAUUUUUAACUACCGGUACAUCCCUAAAUAGGUGCCAAAAUCGUGUUUGGUAGGUAUGUGGUUUAACAGGUACCAUAAAUCUCAUUGUUAAAUAACAGAUAUAUUUAAUUAUGGUCUGUUAAAGGAUUAAAGGCUCGAUACCGUAAAAGUCUCCAACUCGGGUCAUGAUUUUAGAUUUAAGCACCCCUAUCGGUAACAAACAACACAUUUUACAUAUUAAAAGGAGAAAGAAGUGCAAUGGGCACCCUUGGCAGUAACCCGGAUCAUCAAAUUCGGAGUUUCAACGAUGUCGGAGGAACUCUGUACCAAGUGCCCUUCAAUUCUCGGUGUGAAACUUUCUUCAUGCAAUCGAGACAUUGUUACUACACAGAUCUUGCUGGAGUUUCAUUUUCUACCUGAAAUUUGCUAUAUAAUCAGGGAAAACGUCUGCAUGAUAGGGACAAAACCACAGAGACAAUCAUUGAGGAGUCUGUUUUUGGUAUAACAGGCACUUCACCUAUAUAUGAAGCCAAUGGAAGCACAGGCAUCCCAUUCUUUACCAUUCAAACGCAUGUUAAAAAUUAAUACAUUUAGAUCAACCUCGUCCCCAGGGCUUUUCCCUUAAAAAAUGGGUGGGGCCCAUUUUUUGAGGGAAAAGGGCUGGGGACGAGGUGACAUUUAGAUAAGAAGCAGGAUAUACGGGGAGGGAGGAAAUACGAUUCCCUACAACGCCCGCGUGGGAGACUAUUAAAUAAGAAAUCAAUGAAUGCUUAACUUUCUUAGCAUGCGAUGGGCUUGCUAAUACAAAUACGAAAUUAAUCUGACGAAUCUCUCGCAGAGAGCCAUGUUUGCCUUUAUUUUCAGCUAUUAUCACUACAGAUAGCCAAUAGCGGAAAGACUGGUUUGAAACCAAAUCGGAUCGAAAAGUUCUGUCUCUUGUCCUUAAAGAAUGUUAUCGUUAAUUACAUUUUGACCCUUUAAACCCUAAUAUCAAAACCAAUACUUUUUCAAUAGAAGUAGUGGGGAGAAUUUGUUGAAAUUUCAAUGAGACUCAUCUUCCCUGAUCAUGUACUCAAUUCUCAUGACCACUCUGUUUUCUAAGGCAUUGAUAUUACAAGGAGAAAUUUCAUGCUGAUCACUCUUAGGGCUUUAAGGGUUAAGCAAAAACAAGCGACACUUUUCUAGUGCUGCCUUAAAUCAAUUUUGAAAUAAAAAUCCGUGUAAAGAAUGGCAUAUUUCGCAAAACAUAUGCUACAAUAACUUUUGGGUAAUAUUGAUAGCCUUCGUCACGGUGCACGAAAGUGUACUUUUAAAAAACAACCGUCACCAGCGUCACUCAGCUAAAUCGUGGGCAACACUUGAUAUUGUUUCAAAGACUUGACAACAUGGCUGAUUGUUCAAGGACUGUAAUGCUUUUCCUUUGCCUCGCCUCAGGUAAGGAACGAAGAUAAUCACGUAUAAUAACGUAAAAUUAGGAACUUUAAAAAGUGGUCAUAGUUCUGCAUUUUUCAAUUCUAUUUCUUUUCGUAUACUGUUGACAGGUUCAGGGGUUAACACUAGGCCGGAGAGUUGAACAAGAGACUUUGAAACGUGACUUCGCGAUUCAGCAAAACUCGCCCGUAAAUAAAAACUGUGGCAACGCUGUGAGCUUGUCAGUGAGAAGGAAGAGUUUCCAAGCUUGGAAAUACCGACCCAGAGAAAGAAUUAUAAUUUCAUAUGUUUUCGAUAAACUGGUGAAAUGGCAUGACUAAAAUAUUGAUCAAUCUCGACUGAAUUCACAUUUCAGCAGAAAAUUUUGGUUAUGAACCAUUAUCGUUGCUAGCUAAGUCGCGCCUUUCUAUAAUUAGCUUGAGUUUACCCAUAUUGUCAUCGAUUUGUCAGCAUAUGGUAAGUGUAUACAUAUUGGGUCUCAAACAGUCAAUUAUUUGUCUGACAUUUGCAUUAUUUGUCAUUAUUAUAAACGGCCUUAACAUAUUCCUUUAAA